GGCGGUGAGUGUGGGCUGUGGGGAGGAGCGAGUCUCCGCCGGCUGUGACGCCGCGGGCCUCGCUGCCCCCGCCCGGCCAGGGAAACAGGCGGGGGAGGGGCGGCCUGGUGGAGCGCGCGGGGGCCUGCCGCCGCCGCACGUCCGUGGAGCGAAGCCCCUCCGGUUCCCUGAGCACAGACCCCUCUGGCGCGCGGAGUCCGGCCGCAGGAGGGGCUGGAGCGGGGGGAGCAUUGCUCAGGGAGUGCGAGCCAAGUAUCCUGUGCAGAGGCUCCCCUCAGGGCUGCUCAGGUCAGUCUUGGCUUGUCUCAUGGACAGACAUAAAGUGAAGCGUCAGAGGCUGGACCGGAUUUGUGAAGGUAUACGGCCUCCUAUUGUGAAUGGCCCAAUGCCUGCCCGACCACUGGUUGCACUCCUAGAUGGGAGGGAUUGCACUGUGGAAAUGCCAAUCCUGAAGGAUGUUGCUACAGUGGCUUUCUGUGAUGCUCAGUCAACUCAGGAAAUCCAUGAGAAGGUGCUGAAUGAAGCUGUGGGAGCUUUGAUGUACCACACCAUCACCUUGUCCCGCCAGGACCUGGAGAAGUUCAAAGCCCUUCGGGUCAUUGUGCGUAUUGGCAGUGGCUAUGACAAUGUGGACAUCAAGUCAGCUGCAGAAUUAGGCAUUGCAGUAUGCAACAUCCCCUCCUCCUCUGUGGAAGAGACUGCUGAUUCUACCCUCUGUCACAUCUUGAACCUGUAUCGCCGGGUUACUUGGCUUCAUCAGGCUAUGCGGGAAGGAAACCGAGCCUCAAGCAUGGAGCAAAUUCGAGAGGUGGCUGGAGGUGCCGUGCGUAUCCGUGGUGAGACCUUGGGCAUCAUUGGCCUUGGCCGAGUUGGGCAGGCAGUGGCCCUGAGAGCCAAGCCCUUUGGCUUCAACGUGAUUUUCUAUGAUCCGUAUCUACCAGAUGGCGUGGAGCGAUCCCUGGGGUUACAGCGAAUAGGAACUCUGCAGGACCUGCUAAUGCACAGUGAUUGCAUCACAUUGCACUGCAGUCUGAAUGAACAUAAUCAUCACCUCAUCAAUGACUUCACUAUUAAACAGAUGCGCCAUGGCUGCUUUCUGGUGAACACAGCCCGUGGGGGGCUAGUAGAUGAGAAGGCCUUGGCACAAGCAUUGAAGGAGGGGAGAAUCAGAGGAACAGCACUUGAUGUGCACGAGUCUGAACCCUUCAGCUUUGCUCAGGGGCCCCUAAAAGAUGCUCCCAAUGUGAUCUGCACCCCUCACACAGCCUGGUACAGUGAGCAGGCUUCCAUUGAGUCCAGGGAAGAUGCAGCUAAAGAGAUCCGCAGAGCUAUCACAGGUCACAUACCUGAUACUUUGAGGAACUGUGUUAAUAAGGAGUAUUUGCUGUUAGCUGCUCAGUGGCCAAGUAUUGAUCCUGCAGCUGUCCACCCAGAACUCAAUGGAGCUGCGGCUUACAGGUUUCCUCCAGGAGUAGUGGGAGUAGCAGCCCCUGGGCUGCCGGAGCCAGCGGUUGUGGAGGGGAUUGUAGCUCACGGGAUGCCCUCUGUGUCUCACUCUGCACCACGUACCCCUUCCCCAGGAGAGACGAGCAAACAGGACCCAGACAGAGAAAUCCCCACUGACCAAUAGCAUCUUCUCUCUCCCUUCUCCUCUGGCAGCAGAAAAAGUAGGGGGAGAACUCCCUGCUAGGACCUUUUCUAACACCCCACUGAGACUGUUUCCUGUUCACACAGGACAGGAGAAUGCAUUUCAUUACUGGCAAACAUUAGCUCUUGCCUUUCAACAGAUAUUUUAUAACCAAUUUAGUUUUAAUCUCUUGGUGAAUCUUUUUCCUUGUCUGCGGCAGGAGCAGUGACCUUGCCUCCCCUUUGAAAAUUAGUUUAACAUGUAGUGUCCCAUGACCCUGCCUCUGUUAUGUUUCACAGGAAGGCACUCUCAUGGGCUUGAAUGCAGCAGAACAGGAGCUGGCUGAACAGGGAGGGCUCCCAGUGCCUCCAAUACCAAACUUGAUGCAGAUUUUCAAGAGUGACUUGCAGUCUCUGGAAGCACAGGUGAUGGGGGAGUGUUCAAGCAAGACUAGUAAAAGGAAGAGAAGUUAGGCAUAUAAUCAGGUGUACUGCAUUGCAGGAAAAAGAAAGCCAAUGCCCAGUGCUGUGCACUUCCUUGCUUAUCCUGACCCAGGUGCCUCUGAGCACAGGCAUAGCCAGGGUUGCUGCAAAUUGACAGUGUGAAGUUUUGCUCUAGUAAUGUUAGUGCUGGGCCUGAGCACAAGAGCAAGAAUGAAUCUGAGACUACCAACAAACUGACUCAUAAAAUAUUUUGGGAGGAUUAAAGUAAAUCACUCAGAUGUAAUGUCUCCUGAGAUGGUCAUGAAGAUUUAGGAGAGUCCCUGGAAUCUGUGCCCAGCUGAGAAAUGGAAGGAGGGAAUGCAGAAGUGUAGGAAACUUGCACUGGGAGGCAGCAGAAAUUAAAGCAUUGUGAAGCUGUUACUGCUGAUCCUGUACAUGCCUGUACCUCACAUGCUGCUAAUGCAAUUUAUCCACAAGAGAAAUGUUAUACUAGAAUCCUAGAAAGAGAAGAGACGUAGGUCCCAGUUAGCCCAUCCCCCAAGGCCAGAGAGGAUUGUUCUCUUCAGGGCUUAGUCCAAUGUUAAAUGCCCCUUGGUGCAUCUGCCGUUGUCUUGGGGGAGAUGAUUCUUCAGCUUACUAGACUCCAUGACAGGAAGAUUUUCCUAAUAUUCAUCCUACUUUUUUUUCAUUUAAUCUCAUUACUCCUAUUUAUAUUCUCCUGGGCCCACAUAAAGUAAUUCUGCUCCCUUCUUGGGUUUUACACGCUUCAGUAUUUCUAGAUGGUCUAACAGCUGACAACUCUUUUGGACUACAACAAUUCAUGUUUUAUUUCUGUUGCUCAGGUACUUCAAAGUAGGUGCCCUCCAGGAGUCUUACUGGGUGUGUGGAAGCUGAACAGCCUGUGCAUAUAACAGAUAAAGGAAGGGGCAGAUCUUUUUGUUGUCUGUUGAGAAACAGACUGAAGAAGGGAGUCUGGAAAUUGGGUGGGGAGCAGAGGGAACCACCAAAUUAGAUAAUUGUUUAGAGUUUAGGGAACUGAAUGAAGCUGUAGAACUUCUCAAGUAAGUUCUCAGGCUUUCUUAUUCUUUUCUAGUUUUAAAUCAGUCUCCAAUCCUGUUGGCAAAUACUGGUUUAUUUUGUAGACUAGUGCUGACAUCUUGGAGUGACUUUUUUAUUUGGGGUAAAGGGGCCAGGGAGGAAGGAGUAUUUGCAAUGAGUGGAACUCUUCAGCUUUCCCUUUCGGACUUUCACUUUGACUGGAUGACUAUCUAGUACUAGUGGAUGUGAUUCAGUUCUUCGGAGUUGUAUGGUUUUUAAUUUUGAAGAUGAAUUUGGCUGUUUGCUAAGGUUGAUGCAGGCACUCGGGUUCUGUGUUCUGGAUGAGGCUGAUUCAGUUUUAAAAUUCACAUACCUUCGUGGUUUCUCAGGAUUUUAGAAGGUCGAACUGGGGCACAGUAGGUGGGAUUAGUGGUAGGCAUGUGUCAUGAGGACGAGAAGCCUUUGAGCAAACCUGCAGCUCAGGUUUUUUAAUUGGAGGUGAAAGUAGCAUUUUCUCUUUCCCUUCAACAAUUUGCUAAUCUACUCUUAAAUCUAAAAACUCAACAAGGCUAUAAUUUAGAAAGCUGCUUUCCUAAUAGACAUGCAGGACAAGUGGGAAGAAAGGUUCCUUUAAGGAUUCAGAGAGCUGAUCAUAAAUGUAAUUAAUAUAUUAGACUGGUUUUUCUAUCCAUAACUAUUAUUUUCUCAACUUGCUGCUGAAACUACUGCCUUGUGUGUAAAGAUCCAGGAAGGCAGAUAAUUUUUCGUUAAGGUGGUCUCAGGUGUGGGAUUUCCAAACACAGGAUCCGUUCAUCUUGUCUCUUCUAGAGUGAAGUGCAAGACACUUAAGAGCCAGCAUUUUUUUUUAUUCACAAGUAUCUCUGAAGACCUAUCCAGUAAAACCUCCCUGAGGGAGGAGUGGAGAAGAUGAUUUCACUUGAAAUGAUAAUAAGCAUCUUAAUUCUUGUAUUUGGUGCCUAGAUACCAUGGUGAUUGGUGUACUAGGAAUACAUAUCUAGAAAUGUGAGGCCUGCUAGCUGCAGUUCUGGAUGCUGAUAAACUUGACUUAAGCAUUAGCCCUGAGGGUACUGGUUCCAUUAUAGCCAGUGCCACAUAGACCUGCAUUUGGAAAUGAAAACGAGUGCCAGUUUGGUCAGACCUGCCAUAAUGAAGAUACAAAUGUAAGAUUUUUUUUUUUUUGCUAAAAUCAAGCUGAAUCCUCCCCUAAUGCCAAGGAAGAGCUCUCCAGUUGCUGGUGAACUAUUCCAGUUAUACCCCAGAUUCAUGUGCUUAGUAUUGUUUAGCCUGGGACUGGUCAUUAUCAAGAAAGGGGCUCAGUCAUGUUCCCCUCACCAGGAUGUCAUGUUCUCCGUGUUAUACUGAUCCACAGCCCCCUGUCCCAGGUUUUAUGCAGCCUGGCGGGAUGGAAGGAAAAUGUUUGUUUUCUUAAAUUGCCUUCCUUCAAAAUGAGUAUGGAGCUUAAUCCCAAAGAACAAAAACCUUCUAUUCCAGGGUGAGGCAGGAGUGCCCUGGUCACACUGAUCUGCUUAUAGGAGGUGCUCGCUCUGUCCUAAGGUACAUUUUGCUUGUUGGGUUCACUGCUGCUGACCAGCUUUUUUAUAGAGGAUUCAAAGUUUCAGAAAUAUAUUUUUGUAGAGAAUGACUAAACUGUGAAACAUUUUAAAAUAAAGCAUGUAAACAAACCUUUAUAUCAAUGUUCCCUGUACAGAUGUCUUUCUCACUUCAGUUCUCUCCUGGCUCUUGUUAGAAAUGUUGUUUAUUUCUUGGAUAUAUUUUAAUAAAGUUCUCCAACUUGCGUGGCUGCUGUUUGGUGGCGGGGGUGGCACCAGACCCAGUGUAUACUAAGGCUGGGAAAUCAAUAUGAAUCAAUGGCUGCAUCAGUCCCACUUUUUAAGCACCUUAUUUCCCAAGCAAAUUUCCCAAACUCUGUCAUUCCCUAGAUUGUUACUGUGGCAAGUGGUUUGUUUCCUUGAUAUUUUGUGGAAGACAGAAUUUAAAGUAAGGAGGAUGAGGGCAUGAAAUUGGAAGGAGGGACCUGCUAAUGGCCUCUUUUUCUAUACUGGUACCAGACUCUCCAUGAUUAAAGGAUGUGAGGGGGACUGUGAAGAUGUGGCAAUGGGAGGAAGGGUCUUUUAACUCUAGAGGUGGGUUAAAGGUGGACCAUGUGAAUUGGGCACUCUUAUUUACCCUUCCUUAUAAUACAAGAACAAGAUUAUACUUGAAGAAAGUGAAGUUACUUCCACAAGGCAAAAUCAACCCGUGGAACUCACGGUCACAAGAUAUAAUUGAAGUCCAGAGUUUUGCAGGAUUCAAAAAAUGAUUAGACAUUUAUGUGGUUAAGAGAAUCCACUGUUACAUUAGAUUUUUUUUCAGUGAGGUCUAUAAACCCUUGUGUUUCAGGGCAUAAAAACACCACUAAUGGAGGUGGGUGGUGGCUUAUACCAUAAUUGUUUGUUGUAGGGUGUCUUGCACCUUUGGAGGGUCUGGGUACUAGCCUCUGUCAGAGAUGGCCUACUGGCUUAGCUGGACCACUGAUCUGAUUCAGCAUGGCAAUUUUUGUUUUUCUGUUUGAAAAGGAAACAAGUAUUAGCACCCUCUGAAAGACGGUGGGUAGCUGAGUUUUUACUUUAUUAUUGGUAUUACUAGUAAUCUCAGUAGAGAAACCAAGAAAUGGGCCUAAAGAUUUACUUUCCCUCUCUGAGAUAUGGUACUCAAAACUUACCUUGGGGACACGAGAAAAGCUUGCAUUGCCAAUAUUCUCUGAAUUCAAGGGAUUAAACAUAAGACUUUGCUCCAGGGCUGUCAAGAUGGCAUCUUUCAUUAAUGCUAAGGCAUUUAAGUGCACUAUCUGUCUGAAUCCCAUUAAGAAUGGGACCCUUAGUAAAAUGGUAGCAGAGUACAGAAAAUCAAACCUGUGUAAAAGUGUAGCUGCUGCAUUUUGAAGAGGAUGUGGAGCAGCAUGAGGGCAAAAGGUGCAUACCAGUAAUGAUUUUUUAUGUCUGUGCACGUAUAAGAAUUCCCUUGCUGUAAUGGAAAUGGAUACUUUAGUCUAGCUAUGAUAAAAUGUUGAGCUAAAGAAGUGCCAUGCCUGUUAAGGCAAAAAAGUGGGAUCCAGCAUGACAUCAUGCGUCUUAGUCAAAGCCACAGAUAAAACCUGAGCCUAGAGAAGCACUGGGUUCAGCUUUUAUCUGUGGCUUUGACCAAAGCUCUUGCGCAAGGGAUCUUGUACCCCUUAAAAACGCCAACAUCUCUGUUGGUGUCAGGCUAUUUGCAUAAAUUAUGAACUAUGCUGGAAUAAACCAUUUAUAUAGUUGAGAGGAGAGCUAGCUACAUGCCAUGUCAAGAUCUCAUUAGCAGUGAAAGCCCUCUGCAAGAAAGUGAAAGCUGCAGGAUAUUCCUGAAGAAAACGGCUCCAAUAGAAAUUAGUAGUGUUAAGGGCAAAGAUUCAUCUAUCUGGGGCCUUUGGCAUAAUCAAGUAAGCAGACAACACUAGACUGACCUACGUUCUCUGUGUUUUGUUGUCUUGCAGAGUUUAAUGCUUCAGAGAAACUUAGAGAUGACCUACAAAAGAUCUGUGGAAAUUAAAACUGAAUAAAAUCCCCAAUGAUGGAAAAAUAUCUAAUUGCUGAACUAUUUGUAAAAUGGUAUAGAGAAUACAUCUACCUUAUUUUUUAAAAAAAGAAAUGCUUUAUUAUGGUCAGCUCAGAUGGGUUAGUUUAACUUCAAACUUCCCAUGGACCAGGUCUUCAAAGAAAAUAAGCAUUUGAACAGACAUGAAAUACAGAUCUCUGAUAAACUGCCUGAACAAAAUAUUAAUGUAGGCAUCUAUGGCCACACUUUGUCACGGAUUCUGGAAGGGCUCUUUCAAAAGAGUUCCUAACUUUUCUUCCACUAAAUAUCUGAUAAACUAUGGGGCCUGAUUUUGUAUCCAUGGAAACUCCAACUGGCCACACCAUCUUUGAGAGUCCCUAUCCAGUUGUAAUGGCUGAAGUAUCCAAAUGAAAAUAAUACCCAGUUUCUUAAUUUUGUUAAGACCCAUAGUGCUAUUCCCAAGGACUGUGUAUAUGAACUGUUUGAUCCUGUUGUUUGGAGGCUUUUCUUCCUUAUUUAAUGUUGUAGUAGGAAAAAAAACUAUAAUUCUUUCCAGCUGAAGUUUUCUAGCUUCAAGUUUCAAUGACUGGAUUUAAUUAUGCCUUUUUUCAUUAAAGGGCCCUGUAGUAUUGAAUAUCUUCUCCUUGGUUAGAUACUUAAACUGUGACCAAGUUGCCUCUUAUCCUUCUAUUUGAGAUAGAUUGAGCUCCUUAAGUCUCUCAUUGUAAAGCAUGUUUUCCAGACCUCAAAUAAUCUUUGUCACGUUUUUUGUGUGCUUCCCAGUUUUACAUAAAGGACCCUAGUUUUCUAUUCCUGCCUUUUCCAUCAGCUGCUUUUAUGUUUGUUUGUUUUUCAGUUUUACUUUAUGAUAAAUUAUGCCCACUUGCUUUUCAACCUGCCUUACUGAGGAUAGAAGAUCUGAAGACACUCAAGGGUCAGCUAGUUGUGAUCCCCUUUGGUGAGCUUGCUCCCAAAAGCUUCACCUUGGGUUCCACCAGCUUUGCUUUGCACACAGCUGUCUUGGUGUUGAGAACAGAGGGGUGUUUACCAAUAUAGCUAAUUCUUGGACCAUUUAGGCCCUUAAAGAUGAUCUGCAAAGCAGAAAUAUAUAAAGGGUUUUGUGAUUUCUUGCUGCUUUAUGAUAUAUAAAGAUGUCCUGAAAGGUGUUUUCAAAUGGGAAAAAAAAAUUCUUCCCCUUUCCCUUGUUUUGUUGGAGAAUUCCUUGAAUGACUCAAUCAUUCAUUAGGAGCCUUCUCAGCCGUAGCGGUUGGCAUGGUCAGUGUUGAAUUUUUUACAAACAGUUCUUUCCCCCAAAUUUUUAAGUUAAAUAUGUUACAACAAAUGUGUUUGAAUCAGAUGGAAUAAUUGUUCUUGCAAUUAAUGAUAUAUAAUGUCCUUGGUAGCUCUAAUAUAAAAAACCUAUCAGUUCUGCAGUUGUCUGGAGUUUUCCAGGGUAAACAAAACAUCUAGAAGAAAAACUGUUUUUUUCUGUUUAAAAAAAAAUGCGCAAGAACCCUUUCAACCUCUUUGUACAUCACAAAGAAGCAAUAAAAUGGCGCAUGCCUAGUAUUUUCCCUUUGCCCAGAGACCUUGAAAUGCUUACGGAAUCAAAUAGGCAGCCAGUGGAGUGAGCAGAGAAUGGUAUGAUGCGCUCUCUUGUAGAUGGGUUUUCCCCUAAAUAACAGCUGAAGCAUGUUGUACAAGGUGGAGUUUCUUCACAGUCCCACUGAGGUAUGCUAAAUUGCAACAAACUAACUUGGAGAAGACAAAAGUGUAGAUCACAAUGAUUCAGCUAAGAGGGAGGAGUGCAAUUGUCUAGGCUUGAAACAAACAAAAGGAUGUAUUUCUUCACAUAAUAUAGUCAAACUGUGGAACGUCUUGUCGGGGUGCUGUGAAGGCCAAAAGUAAAACUGAAGUCAAAAAAGACUUAGAUAAAUUCAUGAAGGAUAAGUCUACCAAUGGCUAUUAGCCAAGAUGGUCAGGGAUAUAAUCACAUGUUCUGGGUGUCCCUAAAUACCAGAUGGUGGGACUGGAAGACAUGAUGGCUCUCUUGAAAUUGCCCUGGUCUGUUUCUUCUCUCCAAAGUAUCUGGCACUGACCACUGUCAGAGACAGGCUACUGGACUAGAUGGACCAUUGAUCUGACCCACUAUGGUUGUUCUCGCAGUUGACCUUACCCCAGCAUAGAUGUGACUAGGUUGAAAGAGCCAUAGUUAUGCUGCUGUAGUGUAGACAUACCCUAAGUGUGUAAGUGGGAGCAAUAUGACCCUGAGACAGUGUACUGCCCUCAACAGAAGAUGAGAUUACUGUCCUGUCCAGCUCCACUUAAGUGUUUUCCUCUUGCUAUCAUCAGCUCCUUGUUCUGAUGUGGGGUGAAGUGGCUGAUAUUCAUCACUUUGUUUAUCUCUUCUAGGCACUACAUUAUCCAAUGUGAUGACGCUAACGACAUCUGCAGGAAAAAGAGAUGCGUGCCAUCUGCCUAUUGGCAUAGGAGUCCAAGGCAUCUCGCAUUCUCCUGUAGAAGUCUCCCAUGUAUGUUGAAAACUAGAGGAGAUGGGAUUUUGCCUUUUGACUUGCCUUGCAGUAUUCUACAAGAGGGCUGUAGGGAAACAAAAGCUUAUCAUGAAAUGACAUCAAUGCCUUAAUACCAAAGUAAACGCCUUUAUGAAUACAUAGAUAAAUUACUGUAUGUGAGAUCCCAGAAUCAUCCCAGUUUAGUGCUACACUGUCAACACCUUGUAGUCAAUAGUGUCUAGUACUUCCAACUCCAAAUGUUCAGAAAUCAUGAUUCAGACUCCAAUAAAUCAUGUGAUUGUUUUAA